AAUGGAAAUUCCAGAUUCAAAUGACCCCUUAGGUCAUGCAGAUGACCUUGAGAGACCAAUUCCAACACCUAAAGGUUACUUCCUGACCUUUUUGGAACCAGUAAACAAUAUCACUGUAGUCCAGGGGCAAACAGCAAUCCUCCACUGCAAGGUAGCAGGAAAUCCAUCUCCAAAUGUCAGAUGGCUAAAAAAUGAUGCUCCAGUGGUUCAGGAGCCAAGACGGAUCAUCAUCAGAAAAACAGAUUAUGGUUCGCGUCUGAGAAUCCAGGAUCUUGAUACUACGGACACAGGAUACUACCAGUGUGUGGCUUCGAAUGGGAUGAAGACGAUAACUGCAACAGGAGUGUUGUUUGUAAGGCUUGGUCCAACAAACAGCCCAAAUCACAAUCUUCAGUAAGUACUUUUUUGGAAAAUUAUUUAAUGCACUCUGACCAAUUUUAUUCUGUAAGAAUUU